UCAGGAUUACCCAAAAGAAGAGGAACUCAUCAGUUCCCUCUGAUCACAUACCAGCAUCUAGUGGUCAAAAUCAUAGCAAGGCUAUAUUGUCUUCAGUGAAAACUGCAUUAAGAUGAUUCUGCUCUUAUUAUUUUUUUUACGUGUUGAUUUGUGACUGUCAAGUAAGUUCAUAAUCGUACAGCAAAGGCCAUCUGGAACGCAAACUACAUUUAUAUUUUGUGACAUCCCAUAAGAACUACAAUUUAUCGCGAAACACUGUUACCAUAGUAACCAUCUAACAAACUUUGUAUUAGGAGCAGGGAGCUAGCCAGAUCGCUUUAAGUAAUACCGGAAUUACGAAAGGGUCGAUAGCUUUUUGACGUGCCCCAGGGGCAACACUCGUUUGCCUUUUAUUACGUGGAAAUUGAUGAGAAAGGACACAUAAUGACUGAUAAAAUGUUUCAAAUUGGACCACCGGAGACGAGAACGACGCUUCCUGCCCACCAUUGGUACAAGGAAAAGUUGAUGACCAAAUGCCUGAAAGAUGCAAAGAACAAACAUCAUCUUUCAGGUGCUUUGGAUGGCCGUCGUUGGCGUUUUCUAAAUGUGGGACUUGAUGACUUCAGAGAUGGGUAUCCUAGCGCUGGGACAGCGGUUCUCUCUCAGGCCCAGAGGGGCAUGUCCCCUUCCAUUUUUGGGAUGCCAAGUCCUACAUCUCUCUCUGAUAAAACACAAUGGAAGCGCUUCUCGAAAGAGCAGGCUUGCUUCUCUAAGAAGAACCCUCAGCAGCAGGUACACCGGGAGCAUGUGGCUACAGUGGAGCACAAACUCAAACAGCAUCCUCUGGCUCUGUACCCACAUUUAGAGCAUGGCAUGCCCCCAGAGUUGUUUGAUGAGGUGAUAUGUGUCCUGGACCCAGAUAUGUGUGUGAACAGAGCUUCUGCAGUGACUUCACCAGAAAAAGAAGAGCAGGCAGACAACUGCACUGAGCCGUGGGAAACGAUCAUGCGGGAAUCGGAGUCAGAGGAGGAAGUGAGAGAGGGACCACCUGUCAGUGCAAUAAUGGCGGACGAUUUAUGUGCAAAGAACCCUUACAAAGGGCUGCAAAGAAAGCAGAGCACUGCCAAGGAAGACCAGAUAGUAAACGUCAAACGACUGCGCUCCCCAUCUCAAGACGAGGACAUCAAGAAAGUCACUAAGCUUUUCUGUGACUGGGUCGCCUCAUUGGGAGGAGAGAAGAACAACCUGACUGAAUCCACCCUACUGGGCCUGUUUGUCAGUGGGUAUGAGAAGAAGCCAUCCCUGACCUUCCCUAUCCAGGUGGUUGAGCCUAAGAACGUGCCAGAGGACCUACGUAACUCUGUGGAGGAUCUGCGCAGAGCCCACACCUGUGAAGACCCCUUAAAGGACUCAGAACCAUACAAGAGCAAACCAGGAACUAAAAGGCCCAAAUAUGGAGCAUGGUACCUGGAUACUAAAACAUGGAAGAAAAGAGAUGCUGAUGAACCAUUAAGAGACCCCAAUGUCAUCCCUGAGGACUUUGAGUUUCCUGCACAAUCAAGUGAAAUGGAUGAUGAACUGAAACAGAUGCAUGGGACUCAAGCGUUCAAGCAGUUCAUCAUCAGCAAAGGGCUGAGGGUGCCUAGGUUUCUGAGUACUCUCUUUGAAGAAGAGGAGGGGGACAACCGAUCAAAGCCAGAUGGAGCAGGCUCUGCUUCAACACGGAAGGGGACAGUGGUACUUUAGGCAGGUUUCAAUAGGCAAUAUGUUGGGCAGUUACACAGUAGUAUACUCAAUUUGUCAAAACAAACUGAUAUAAAACAUUUGACGCUCCGCUGCUACAAAGGUUCUCCUAAUUUUUCAUGAGUUUCCAAAUCACUGACUGGCUGCAUGUACAUCAAAGAUCAUCCUCAGUUACCUUGACUAAUGACAUCUUUCAUGAAUAACAAGAAUAUCCUGCUAGCCUGUUGUUUAUCCUCCUGUCAUCAUAUUUGGUGCCAAUCCUCUAUAUUUGGUGUCAUCUUUGCCAUGUUGAUAGUAACAUGCCAUGGACAAAUUUUAUUCACAAUAAAAGACAAUUCA